AUGCUGGCGACGAGAAGGUCGGCGAUCGCUUCGCUGCCGAUUCGUGGACUUCUCGCUCUGCCAACCAGCGUGCGCCAGCUUCUACCGCUCGGACGAGCAUUCGCAACUGCAACCGAUUCAGUGUCGCCGGUGGCCAGCAAUGUCGAGGCACGAACACCUCCAUAUCCCAAACUUCUCAAGCGACUCGAAGAAGUGCGCCGCCUUCUACCCAAUCGCAAGUUGACAUUAGCUGAGAAGAUCCUCUUUUCCCACUUGGACAACCCUGAAGAGUCACUGCUCGGCGGAACGGACAAUGGCGCAUCCAUCCGCGGCAGAGCAACGCUCAAGCUCAAGCCCGACCGGGUUGCGAUGCAAGAUGCGAGCGCGCAGAUGGCGUUGCUACAGUUCAUGAGUUGUGGCUUGCCAACGACUGCCGUACCCGCUAGCAUCCACUGCGACCAUAUGAUUGUUGGCGAGAAGGGCGCGGAUGUCGACCUGCCAAACAGCAUUGCGGGCAACAAGGAGGUAUACGACUUCUUAGAAAGCGCGGCGAAGAAGUAUGGCAUCGAAUUCUGGCCACCCGGGGCGGGCAUCAUCCAUCAGGCUGUAUUGGAGAACUACGCCGCUCCCGGGCUGAUGAUGUUGGGCACUGACAGCCACACGCCGAAUGCAGGAGGUCUUGGUGCUAUCGCAAUCGGUGUCGGCGGGGCAGAUGCCGUCGAUGCGCUUGUAGAUGCGCCGUGGGAGCUGAAAGCGCCCAAGAUCCGAGGCGUGCGGUUGGAAGGCAAGCUGAGCGGCUGGGUGUCUCCCAAAGAUGUCAUUCUUGCUCUGGCUGGAAAACUCACUGUCCGCGGAGGCACGGGAUACAUUAUUGAGUAUCAUGGCCCUGGCGUGGAGAGUUUGAGCUGCACCGGUAUGGCUACGGUGUGUAAUAUGGGAGCCGAAAUUGGCGCCACGACGUCUAUCUUCCCCUUCACCCCAUCUUCGCAUGUUCCAUACCUGCAAGCCACACACCGAAGUUCGAUCGCUGAACAAGCGCUUAGGAUAGCAUCUGGCCCGCAGAAUCUAUUGGCCGCAGACGCCGGAGCGCAGUACGAUGACGAGGUCGUCAUCAACCUCAGCGAACUGGAACCUCAUAUCAACGGACCUUUCACACCUGAUCUAAGCACGCCGUUAUCAGCCUUCAAGGCAACCGUGGAAGCGAAUGCAUGGCCAGAGACGUUCGGUGCCGGCCUCAUCGGAUCUUGCACCAACAGCUCCUACGCCGACAUGACGCGAUGCGAGUCGCUGGUCAGACAAGCCUCCGAAGCUGGCCUCAAGCCCAAAGCAGACUUCUUCAUUACUCCGGGUUCUGAACAAAUCAGGGCUACCGUUGAUCGCGACGGGCUUAUGCAGUCUUUCGAAACUGCCGGUGGCAUGGUGCUGGCGAAUGCAUGUGGUCCGUGUAUUGGCCAGUGGAGCCGUACCGACGGCGUGAACAAAGGCGAGGCCAACGCCAUCUUCACCAGCUACAACCGCAACUUUCCCGGCCGCAACGACGGCAACCGCCAGACAAUGAACUUCCUGGCGUCUCCGGAGCUCGUCACCGCCAUGUCGUAUGCAGGGCGGACGGAUUUCAACCCAAUGACUGACACCAUCCCACUUCCGAAUGGCCAGUCUUUCCGCUUCGCGCCUCCAGCGGGCACAGACCUUCCUAGCGCCGGCUUUGCGGUUGGAAACCCGCACUUCCAGCCAACACCACCCGUCGCAGACUCCUCCGUGGAAGUAGCCAUCGACCCAGAAUCGGACCGUCUUGCCGUCCUCGAGCCCUUCGAGCCCUUCCCACGCGAAGACCUGACCGGCUUACGAGUACUGGUGAAAGUAAAAGGCCAGUGUACCACCGACACCAUCUCCGCCGCCGGGCCCUGGCUCAAGUACAAGGGCCACUUACCCAACAUCUCCGAGAACACGCUCAUCGGCGCCAUCAGCGCCGACACGGAGGCAGUUAACACAGUGACCGACUUCGACGGCAGCAGCCACACCAUUCCGGACUUGGCGAAGAAAUGGAAGAGCGAAUCUCAGCCUUGGAUCGUUGUUGCCGAGCACAACUACGGCGAAGGGUCUGCGCGGGAGCACGCGGCGCUGCAGCCACGGUAUCUCGGCUGCCGCAUUGUGCUGGCGAAGAGCUUUGCGCGAAUUCAUGAGACGAAUUUGAAAAAGCAGGGGGUUGUUCCGUUGACUUUUGCGGACGAAGCGGACUACGAUCGCUUGGCGGGGUGCGAUGAGGUCAGGACGGAGGGCUUGUACGAUGUGCUACAGCGUGGUGGUAAGGGUGAGGUCAGUCUUGUUGUGAAGAAGCAGGGGAGCGGCGAGGAAGUGAGGGUGCCAGUUAAGUGCAACUUGUCGCCCGACCAGUGCGGGUUUAUACUCGCGGGCAGUGCGCUUAACUUGCUCGCGAAGAAGGGUAAAAGCACGUAG